AGUCCCCAGUGGGGGCGCCCCCGGCUGACCCUCCAAGACAGACAGAAUGUGACUUCCGUGUUUCGGAUCCAAAACGCUUGGCAGUCAGGCUUCAGUCCAGGCCCUGAAUGGCUGGUCUCCAUUUGGCGCCACCUCUGCCUGUGGGCAUUAUGCUGCCAUAUAAAAAAACGGAAGCUCCAGAGUUCCACUCAACUAACCACUAUGAAAAAACGGACUCUUCCCCGCUGUCCUCCAUGGCGCACCUGAGGAGCAAUUCCCAGGAGAAACUUUUGAGCAACAAAGAGCCAGUGCUUGGUAAUCUGCACACUCAGUCCCGAUGGCAUACCUGCACCAAAGUCCAGAGCUACUUCUGUCCACACUGUGCUGGAACCGGGCAGCCAGAUCCAAGAAGCAAUCUCCAGAGUCAAGCACAGGGUUUCUUUUACUCAUCAGGCCCUCAAUCCCGGUAUCCCAAAGCAAAUAACCAGGAAUUCAUCCCUUUUACAAAGAAGCGAGUUGGGGUGGACCGGGCAUACCCACUGAAACCUGUGUUCCAUCGGAAGUCUCGAAGUACAGGCGAGAGUGGCAUGGAUUGGGACCAGAAUGUCUCUCCUAGACACCCUGAGCCAUGGGAGUUUUUGCAUAGCAGCUCUGGUUUGAGGAACUGGGCAAACUCAUCUAUAGUCGGUACUGUUGCUGCCACGCAGGUGGAGAGGGCCAUGGCAAACCCCAAGAGGACUGAGUGGAUGCAGAUCCAAAGACUAGAAGCUGCAGGGGAGAGUUUAGAGGAGGAAAUCCGAAGAAAGGAGACCCUCCUGAGGGAAAAACUGAAGAAGACAGAGGAGGAACUCAGAAGGAUCCAGAAAGAAAAGGAACAGACUGAGGAAAAUGGAAGAAAAGAGGUACAAAGACCAACACUCCCCAGGAGGAGAGUUCAAGGUAACAGUAUCGCCCUGCACAAACCGGUCUUCUCCCAGGAAUAUGAGCCUAAGGAGGCCUUCGGUAGAGACAGUGGAGAGGUUGAAACUUGGGGACGGUCUCACGAAAAUUCUAGUCCAUUCUUGUUCUCUGAUUAUGGGAUACAGAUGCUCAAAAGGGAAAGACUAGUGGCAAGCAAUAACAAAAUCCAAGACCGAGUCUCAGAGCGGGUAAAAGAGAAGUUUUCUCAGCCUGCGCAGGCACCAGGCAGUGCUUUGCCAGGGUGCCCCAGCAACUCGAACUCGUCUAGGGCACCAGUCUCCACGGGCUCCAGCUGUUCCACCGAAGAGCCAGAGCUCGGCGAGUGCAGUCACUGUGGACGCAAGUUCCUCCUCCUCAGGCUGGAGAGGCACUCCAGUGUCUGCAGCAGGAUGCAGGGUUCCAAGAGGAAAGUGUUUGACUCCUCCAGGGCCCGGGCCAAGGGCACGGAACUAGAACAGUACUUGAACUGGAAGGGACCAGCAUCAGUCAAGGCUGAACCUCCCCGGAAGAGCAACUGGAGACAGAAGCAUGAAUCUUUCAUCCGUACCCUCCGCCAGGCUCGAGAGGUCCAGCAGGUCAUUGCCAAAGGUGGAAACGCCUCAGACUUGCCUCCCAUCCCACCUGCAGAAAAUCCAGACUAUAUUCAGUGUCCUCACUGUAGCCGUCACUUUGCUCCCAAGGUGGCUGAGCGGCACAUUCCCAAGUGUAAGACCAUUAAGAACCGCCCUCCACCUCCACGAAAGCAUUACAGUUGAGCAGACAACAGUGGGAAACCUCCUCGACAGCUCGAGGAAGCUCUGCUUCUCUUCAGCAGUAAGUGAAAGAAUAAUUUGAUGCAAAGCAGGAAGAACUAACACUUUUACACCUCCCAGAUCUGCCCAGAGCUGAAAUCAGUGAGGAGAAACCCACUAGGCGGCAGAAGGCAGAAGGCAAACUCACUCCCCACUAAAUUACCACCUCAGGCUAGUGGGUCUUAUGUUAGUGCCCUAAGAACUGAUGGGCAAAGACACACGAGUAGCGAGCAGGCUCCAUUAAAGCUGCCUUACAGGCUCACGUGUGGUUUGUGCUUAUUGCCUGCAUUUGUUCUGCCUUCUUGCCACUGCCUCUGCAUCUUUGUCUGUGGUUCCUGUUAACUCUUCCUGCUCUUGCAGGAAGUUGGCUCAUUAGGAUGAGCUGGUCUCAGAGGGUCAUGGUCACCCAGAUGAUAUCUCUUGUACAAGAUAAUAUGAUUUUGUUGUGAGGCAAGUGGAAGUCCAUCCUUGA